AACAAAAGAAAAAACUACGAAUUUCAUAUUUGACAGUUGUGUCCUACGAAUAAAAUAUCCUUAAACUAACUUAGAAACAUGAAUAAAGCGGGUUUGACCAAAAGCCUGAGCUUAAUUUUGUGGUGCGUGCACAGUUUGAAACCAAGUUUACUCACGUGCGCAUCCCUAGCUUAAACAAAGCCGAGCUGUGGGAAAAAUAGAAGUGGAAACGGGUUUUACUGUGGUAACUUGGAAGCGUUCGCUAGCAUUCAGCACUUUGGGCACCAGUCUGAAGUUGCAGCCGCAUCGACAUUAACGCCAACGGAUCCCGAAUCCGUGCCAGUGCAGCGCGAAACUGAUCGAUAAGCCACCACCCAGAGUCAGUGCGGGGGCGUCACCGUCGUGGGAAAAAGCAGCAAACACAUAAACAAACAGCAUCAAGAUGUCUAUGAGCAAUCUAUCAAUAGACGGCGAGUUCCGUUACAUUAUUCAAUGGUUCAAUGAGUGGAGCGAGCUGCAGCGGGACGACUUUGUCUACGUUCUGGUGGAGUAUCUGGCUCGUGGCUGCAGCACAGACGUGGGCGGCGGUGUCUAUGUGAACGGCCUGGUGAACUCCCUGGCCAAUGCAGUCGUGCAGGACAAGCCCAUGAGCCUUUUCCAGUGCCGCAUUAAGCUGUUCCGUGAAUGGAGCCCCAAAUGGCCGAUCGAGUUCAAAUGCAAGCUACAGGAAAAGAUCAGCGAGAUCGACGAGAAGGUGGGGGAGAAGAUCAUCAAUGAGCUGAGGGGGCCCCAUGGUGUGCACAAUGGCGACGUUGCCGUGCAUUUAAAUGCAAAUGGGGCAACGAGCGACGAUGGCGGCGAAGAGCAUGAACUGGAGCAGCCGGCGGUGGUCGUUGUGGAGGCUGAGGUCGCAGCUUCAGCUCCAGCGCCAGUGGUUGCGGCAGAGCCAGCUCCUGAGGCUGAGGCAGACAAUGACAAUCGCUUAGCGGCGGUCUUGAGCCAAGAGACGCCCGUUGAUGAUGACGACGACGUGGAAGAAGAGCCACGAGCAGAGUCUGCUGGCAAUACCACUGCCGAUGUAAAUGGCCAUUAUCCAGCGGCUGCAGUGACAACGAUUGCAGUGAAUACAUCUCCAUCGCCAUCCCCAUCUCUUUCCACGACUCCAGCGAUUGUCGAACCUGUAGAACAGGUCGAGAAUAGCGUUACAGUCACCGUGGCAGCCUCGGCCGCAGAAGUUCCCCCGGUUGCCUAGAGAUGCAACCGAGCCGCUCGUUAAAGACAAACCAGACCGACUAUGAAAAGGCUUAAUGAGUUAGUUAAGUAUUUUAGCUGUACGCCAUCCGCCACAUGACAUUCCAUUUCCACGCAAUGCAUUUCUAGUUAUGUAAUCGAAUCGAAGCCCACAAUCCUGGGCUCUCGGCCAAGAAGUAAGACUUUUUCCCACUCUGCAGCCCUUUGGCCCUCAUCAUCGAGUAUCUUAAGAGAGCAUAAAUUGUAAAUUGUAAGCAUCAUUAAAAGAGAAGUAAAAUGCUCCAUCCAUUCUACACAUA